UUCCUACCUCUGUGUGACCGGGCGGAGCUGCUGCUGCUCCCCGGGGUCUGUGCAGGGGAGAGCCCGGCAUUAAAGCUGUUUCCCUGCCAGGCCAGGAAGGCUGGGCCGUUCCUCAGGGGAACCAGCCUCCUGGAGCCCCGGACUCUACCACCAUCAGCUCCAGGGCCAGAGACUCCAGGCCCAGGUGAACAAUAAAAGGAGCAGUCAGAGGAAAAGCCAGUUCCUGACUCCAUAUUCCCCCUGCUGCGAUGUGGCUGCCCUGGGGCUGCAGAAUGACGUCCAUGUUCCGCUCCAGCUCAUCCCAUCCUCUCAUGGGAGAGAGAAGAGAAAUGGCUGCAGAGGAGCUAGCUCAGGAGCUGGUGACCUUUGAGGAGGUGGCUGUGUAUUUCACCAGGGAAGAGGGGGCUCUCCUGGACCCUGCUCAGAGGGCCUUCUACAGGGAUGUCAUGCAGGAGAACUAUGAGAACGUGACCUCUCUGGGGUUUCCAGUUUCCAAACCAUAUAUAAUCUCCCAGCUGGGAAAAGGGGAAGAGCCAUGGGUCCCAGAUCUCCAGAGUUCAGAGAAAAGAGAGAUCCUGAGAGCUCCCUGCACAGCAGGUGAUGUAAUGGUAUGUGAGAAUGAGCAGAAUUCUCAGCAGGAAGAUGCUGAGCACGUGGAUAAAUAUGGAGCAUUAUCACAAAGAUUGAAAAGGAAUGUGUCCAGAAGUCAUGAGCAGGGAAAAUCCUGUGAGAUUCAGCACAGACCAGAGAGAGAGCAGGGAAGCCACUCAGGAGAGAAAGUGGGUAAAUAUAUUUACUCUCAGGGAACUCAGCAGAACCUCAAGGAAACCACAACUCGGCAGGAUGUCCUUAUGGGAAAGAGAAAAAAUACAUACAUUUUUCCCACCAUCCGUGCAAGUGACUACUCACCCCUUUUAAAGCAUCAGAGAAUCCACACAGGGGAAAGGCCCUAUGAAUGCAGUGAGUGUGGGAAAACCUUCAAUGGAUGCUCAAACCUUGUUAGUCAUCAGAGAACCCAUACAGGGGAGAGGCCCUAUGAAUGCAGUGAUUGUGGAAAAAAGUUUACUCACAGAUCUGGCCUUUUUCAACAUCAGAGAAUCCACACAGGGGAAAGGCCCUAUGAAUGCAGUGAGUGUGGGAAAACCUUCAGUCAAUGCACAAACUUUGUUAGUCAUCAGAGAACGCACACAAGGGAGAGGCCCUAUGAAUGCAGUGAGUGUGGGAAAACCUUCAGUCAACACACAAACCUUGUUAUUCAUCAGAGAACCCACUCAGGGGAGAGGCCGUAUGCAUGCAGUGAGUGUGGGAAAAAGUUCACUCACAGAUCAGGCCUUUCUCAACAUCAGAGAAUCCACACAGGGGAGAGGCCCUACGAAUGCAGUGAGUGUGGGAAAACCUUCAGUCAACACACAAACCUUGUUAGUCAUAAGAGAACCCACACAGGAGAGAGGCCCUAUGCAUGCAGUGAGUGUGGGAAAACCUUCAGUCGACGCUCAAACCUCGUUAGUCAUCAGAGAACCCAUACAGGGCAGAGGCCCUAUGAAUGCAGUGAGUGUGGGAAAACCUUCAAUGUACGCUCAAACCUUGUUAGUCAUCAGAGAAUCCACACAGGGGAAAGGCCCUAUGAAUGCAGUGAAUGUGGAAAAUACUUCAUUAACAGCUCAUCCCUUUCUGAACAUCAGAGAAUCCACAGAGCGGAGAGGCCCUAUGAAUGCAGUGAGUGUGGGAAAAACUUCACUUACAGAUCAGGCCUUGCUCAACAUCAGAGAAUCCACACAGGGGAGAGACCCUAUGAAUGCAGUGAGUGUGGGAAAACCUUCAGUCAAUGUUCAAACCUUGUUAGUCAUCAGAGAACCCACACACGAGAGAGGCCCUAUGAUUGCAGUGAGUGUGGGGAAAGCUUCACUAACAGAGCAGCUCAUCUUAAUCAUCAGAGAAUCCACACAAGAGAGAGGCCCUAUGAAUGCACUGAGUGUAGGAAAACCUUCUCUUGCCACUCAGCCCAUGUUAGGCAUCAGAGAAUCUGCAAGAGAGAUCAACACCAUAAAAGCCUCUAGGUCUAUUAAGACUUCCUUUUGUUUUUGUUAAUACUUUGUCUAAUUCCCACACAGUAACUCUUGAAGCUGUUUGAACUGU